CGGGCUUGGGCCCGGAGUGAGGAGGGGGUGACGGGGAGUCUGUGUGCGAGGCCUCCCCGGCGAUGCGCUAUGGAGCCGGGCUCCGCCGACAACCCGGUCACUCUGGUCAUUAAAGCUCCGAAUCAGAAAUAUGACGAUCAGACCGUCAGCUGCUUCCUCAACUGGACCGUGGAGAAGCUCAAGAGCCACUUGUCCCGGGUCUACCCGAGCCGGCCGUCCACCAAGGAUCAGAGGCUUGUGUAUUCUGGCAAACUUCUCCCUGACCACUUGCAGCUGAAGGACAUUUUCAGAAAGCAAGACGAGUAUCACAUGGUUCACCUAGUCUGCUCUUCAAGGACUCCUCCAGGAUCACCCAAAUCCAGUUAUCGGAACAAUGGAACGACGGCAGCCAGCAGUGGCACCAUGAGUUCUGAAAAUUCAAGUACUACAACUGUCUCAUCGUCACCAAGCCAAGAAACAAUUAUUGGAUCCACGGGACCCAAUUCAACUAAUAUCAGACAUCGUAACUUUUCUCAGGUUCCUUUAAACCAUGCACAGAGCCAAGGAUUCCAACACAUAAUGCAAGGACAUGGAGUUGGCCAGGUUCCUAUGCAGCCAGGAAUUCCAGGUGGCUUUCCAGUGUACCCCAUGUACAGUCCACAACAUGUCUUCUGGUGGCAACAGAUGUAUGCUCGCCAGUACUACAUGCAAUAUCAAGCUGCAGCCAGGCUUUCAGGAUCAGCCAACACACAGCCCUCCAGUCCAGCAGCCUCUGAGCCUGUGAACCCUGAGCCUAAUCGCCCAGAUGAGGCCCCAGCCGCCCCCAUUGCAGCUGUCCCAGAGAACAGACCCAUCAACCAGAAUAUUCAGAUGAAUGCACAGGGGGGCCCAGUACUAAACGAAGAGGACUUGAAUCGUGAUUGGUUGGACUGGAUGUACACGGUCUCCCGAGCAGGCAUUCUGCUAAGUAUUGUGUAUUUCUAUUCAUCUUUCAGUCGCUUUGUGAUGGUGAUGGGAGCUAUUUUACUGGUUUACUUGCAUCAAGCUGGAUGGUUUCCAUUCAGACAAGAUGUACAGAAUCAGCGGCCAGCAAAUCAACCUGUGGAGUUCAACCAGGAAGGACAGGAGGACAAUGCCCUUGAAGUGCAUGAAAUGGAACAGCUAAUGGAUGAAGGCCUGGAUGACGACAGUGGAGAAAGCGGUGAAAGUGGCGACAGUGCAGAUGAUACCACAGAAAGCACAGCAGGGACAGAGCCACCUGGCUUCAUGGCUUCUGCAUGGUCAUUCAUCACCACCUUCUUUACCUCACUCAUCCCUGAAGGGCCUCCUCAAGUUGGCAACUAGGAGAAGCAGUGGACUUUUCAUCUGACUGCUCACUACGGCUGUAUGUUUGAGUGGCAUUUACUAAAAGAAAAACCAAGACUGCAGUGUGGGAGUGUACUUAACCCUUUAUUGCUUUGCCAUUGUCUCCGCAAUUUUCCACGGUGUUAGGUCUUUCACCUGAUCAUGACAUAUAUUUGAGUUUCGUCUCUUUCAUUGCACCCAAAUUCUGGAGAGCACCAAAUGAAAAAUGCGUGCUUUCCUCAGUUUAGUUUUCAUUGCUUUACAUUAGCAAAGAUAAAAUAUAAUAAAAGUGACCUGUCUUCCAUGGUUUUGUUGUAAUUGCCACUAGCUGGGAUUUUUGGAGCAACUGGGUGCUGGCAAUAGAAAAUGCAAAGAGCUAAGUGAACUAGACUAGCCUUUUUGUCUAAACCUGCAGAAGUGAGCAAACCAUUUGCUUUAAAAAUAUUUUUUUCAUAAUUAAUGCAAAACUGUUAUAAACAAGGUCUGUGUCUGACAUACCGCAGUCACACACCGAAUUGCUGCUCUUUUUUCCCUUGAAGAAUUAUUUAUCAGCAGCUGACAGCCUAGUCUCCCAUUUGGACGAACACUGCCAUCUGGUGAAAAUACCCACCAGGAGUAUUUAAGUUGAACCCAGUACUCGUGUGCUAACCAGGUGGAGGUAUAGAGCGAAACAUUCACAAAACUCGCCCUAUUAUUCAGUCACUUAAAUGUUCUGGAGUAUUCAUGACAUGGGUAACACUUCCAAGCAAUGACUUGGGAUUUGAAAGGCUGAGAACUGAAAUAAACAGAUUUAAUUCCUACUUGUUAUAUACUUUUUAAAUAACUUUUACAUUUUAAAAACUCAUUUUAGAAUUAUAUAUUUUACUGGCUUGACUUUAUCAAUGGCAUUCAGAGCUUGAAGUCAUAAAUUUGAGGAUCAUUAAUCAGACAAUUGCCAGUUUUCAUUUGGAAACAACAGUAUGACUUGUGUUAAGUGGCAUACGUUACUGAUACAUAGAAGUGUGAGAGCAUAGUGUUGUAAACAACAUGAUCUGUUUGAGAACAUUAGCAGCCUGAACAGCAAUAAAUGCUAUGUAUAAAGAAAGCAGUACUGUUUCCUGCUUUACAGGAAAGGACCGAAUAAAGUCAGUGCCUGCCGCAUGCUAACAUACUUCAUGUCAAAAUACUGUCACGAUGUAUUGCUGAUUGUUAGAAAAAAAUAAAGCAAAUAAUGAUUUAUUUGAA